UACAUGCAUCUUCACUACGUACCAACGGUUACACUUCCACAGCCAAACCAAGAAAUGAUACCGACCGCCGACUUGCUGCAUUAUUUCCCUCCGGCAUUCGCCGAGUACCGGGACUCGGCGGUGGCGGUUCUGUUCAUCACGGCGCUAGGCAACCUCGCUUAUUGGCUUUUGUACUUCUUCAAGAAACCUCGUGCGGAGGCUCCGGAAAACGGAGAUGGCGGGACAUCGAUACCCCGGGCCUAUCCGGUGAUCGGAAUGAUGCCCGCACUCUCCGUGCACGCUCACAGAAUCCACGACUACUCGACGGCGGUUCUGAGGGAAAGCGGGGGCACGUUCCAGUGCGUGGGCCCCUUGGGGGCUAACAUGGACAUGCUCGGAACGUGCGAACCCGCUAACAUCCACCACAUCUUUAGCAGGAACUUCUCCAACUACCCGAAGGGCCCCGACUUCCGGAAGAUGUUUGACGUCCUCGGGGACGGGAUAUUCAACGUUGACUCCGAGCUCUGGGAGCUCCACCGGAAAACCACACUCUCCUUCUUCACCCACGCCGACUUCAACACCAUGCUGGAGAAGAACGUGUGGGAGAAGAUGGAGAGAGGGAUGUUCCCGGUUCUAAACCAUUUUUCGGACCGUGGGGCCGAGUUUGACCUCCAGGACGUUUUCCAGCGCUUCACGUUCGACACCAUCGCGCGAAUGGUGUUGAACGAGGACCCGGGAAGUCUAGCUGUUGAUUUCCCGUACCAUCCUUGCGAGAAGGGCUUUAACCACAUGAUUGACGCCCUUCUCUACAGGCACAUGCUCCCAGAGACCAUCUGGAGGGCACAGAACUUCCUCCAGAUCGGGAAAGAGAAGAAGCUCAACCAAGCGCGUCGCGAUUUCGACGAAUUCAUAUAUUCGAGCAUCAGAAGGCAACAAGAACAUGGGAAGACAGGCAAGUCUCCCCUGUUCGUCGCCUUCGAGAAAGCGUACGAAGAGAAGCCAGAGCUGACAAAGACGAGCUUAGAAGAGUUCCUGAGGGACACCUUCUUGAGCUUAAUGUUUGCCGGGAGAGACACGACGAGCACCGCGCUCACGUGGCUCUUCUGGCUUCUUGCCGAAAACCCGCAUGUCCUCGCGGAGGUCCGGCGGGAGAUUGAGGAGAAACUGAAUCUUGAUGAGAAAGAAGACAAGCUGAGAUAUUUCAAGGCGGCGGAAAGCAAGAAGCUGGUGUACCUUCACGGAGCUCUCUGCGAAUCCCUCCGGCUGUUCCCUCCGGUUGCCCUUGAGCACAAGGUGGCGGCUAAGAAAGACAUCCUGCCGAGCGGCCACCCAGUGAAGCCGGGGACGAGGGUGAUAGUGUCAUUUUACGCCGCGGGGAGAAUGGAGACCAUUUGGGGAAAAGAUUGCCUGGAGUUCAAGCCGGAGCGGUGGAUAUCGGGGCGGGGCAGUGUCAAGCACGAGCCCUCCUACAAGUUCCCGGCGUUCAACGCCGGGCCGAGGACAUGUCUGGGCAAAGACAUGGCCUUUGUCCAGAUGAAAAUGGUGGCCGCCACCAUGCUCCACCACUACGACUUCCAGGUGGUGGACAGGGCGUCGGUUUGCCCCAGUGACUCUAUCAUUCUCCAGGCCAAGCAUGGGCUGAGAGUCAGGUUCAGCCGUCGUCGCCGUCCAUUCAACGAGACCGGCGACUUGGUCAGAACCGACAACUUAUGAUUCAUGUAAGACAACCAUGGUGGGACUUGGGAGAAUCUUACUUUGCCUACAAAAACAAAUACAGAAUCAAACAAGUAUGUGUAUUUAUUUUUGGAAAAUGUUAGGAUGCCACCACAUGGGUGCACCCAUGCUUCACACAAACAAACACAGAUGAUAAUUGUCUGUGUCGCACAGACAAUUAUCGUCUGUGUGAAGUAUGGGUGCACCUAUGGUAGCACUCAUGUGGUGACACUUUAGCAUGGUCAUUUAUGUUUUGUGCGGGCAAAGUAAUUAAUCUAAGUAACUAAGAAUCUCCAAACUUUAAUCCUCCAACUACUACAGCAAGUCCCAACUACCUUUUCCACUUCUUUAUUUGGAGUACUUUGUCGUUAUUUUCCAUAAGUACUUAAUUAGCUUUGUUCUUGUCUUGUAUGGAGGACAUGCAUUUAUUUGUAAUCAAUUGCAAUAUGAUCUGUCCUUUUAUCUCUCACUCCUAUAAUGCAAUUCUGUGUCUCGCAAUAACAUCCACGGUAUUAG